GCUGCUGCUAGAGCUAUCGCCAGUUCGAGAUGGGGCUCUUUAUCUUAUUGCUGCUGCUGCUCUGGAGUCACCCUUUCAGGGUCAGGACUCUCGAUUCUCCCCCGCCAGGCUCGGGCCAUGGCUCAGUGCGAUACUUUGACUACCCCGAGGAGAUAACUUGUACGCCGUCCGGCGUUGUGGUGCGAAUUCGUAAUGACUCUUUCCAGGGAAUGUUCAUUCGACUGUCCAUCGUGGAUAACUAUGGUAUACCAAGAGACCUGCAUUCACUGCCCAGCAGUUGUCCAUAUACCACUGUACCACAAGCAGAUGGGUCCUUGCUUUUCACUACCCCAUACAAGGGAUGUUAUGUUCACCUAAUGAACAACACAGUGAGCCUGGAGCUGAGGAUUGAUGGAAUUGAUGAAUCCAAAAGAAUUAUAGUUAUAGAACGCAUUCCACUAAACUGUACCCUGCCAUCAUUGCCUUCUGUGACUGUGGGACCCACAAAAGGAACACUUCCCAUCACCAAGGAACCAGAGGAUACCACUACUGCAAGUACCCCUGUUGUAGAUACUACUGCAGUGACCCCCAUUACCAAGGAGCCUGCAAAUGUGACCACUUCCAUCACCACCAAGGAGCUAGUAGAUGUUACUGCAGUGACCCAUUCCACCACAAAACCUGUGGAUACCACUGAGGAGCCUGCAAAUGCAACUGUUCCCACUAUGGAGCCAGUGGGUUCUACUGUCUUGACCCUUCCCACCAAGAAACCUGUGGAUGCUACUGUCUCCAUCACCACCAAGAAGCCAGUAGAUGAUGCUGCAGUGACCCAUUCCAUCACAGAACCUGUGAAUGAAACUAUUCCCAUCACCAAGGAGCCAGUAGAUGUUACUGCAGUGACCCUUUCCACCACAGUUUCUGUAGAUACCACAAGGGAGCUUGUGAAUGUAACUGUUCCCACCCUGGAGCCAGCAAGGUCUACUGUGGUGACCCUUCCCAUCACCAAGGAACCUGUGGAUACUACUUCAGCAACAAUCCCUGUUGUAGAAACCACUGCAGUGACCCUUCCAAUCACUAAAGAGCCAGUAGAUGGUACUGCAGUGACCCCCACCAAGGAGCCUGUGAAUGCAACAGUUUCCAUCACCAAGGAGCCAGUGGGUUCUACUGUGACCCUUUCCAUCACCAAGGAACCUGUGGAUACUAGUUCUGCAACCAUCCCUGUGGUAGAUAUCACUGCAGUGACCCUUCCAAUCACUAAGGUGCCAGUUGAUGUUGUUGCAGUGACCCAUUCCACCCCACAACCUGUAGAUACCACUGAGGAGCCUGUGAAUGCAACUGUUCCCACUACCAAGGAGCCAGUGGGGUCUACUGUGGUGACCCUUCCCACCACUAAGAAACCUGUGAAUGCUACUGUCACCAUCACCAAGAAGCCAGUAGAUGGUACUGCAGUGAGCCCCACCAAGGAGCCUAUAAAUGCAACUGUUCUCAUAACCAAGGAGCCAGUUGAUGUUACUGCAGUGACCCUUUCUACCACAGAGCCUGUGGAUACCCCUGAGGAGCCUGUGAAUGUAACUGUUCCCACUACCAAGGAGCCAGUGGGGUCUACUGUGGUGACCCUUCCCAUCACCAAGGAACCUGUGGAUGCUACUUCUAACAUUUCUGUAGAUACCACUGCAGCAACCCUUUCCAUCACUAAGGAACCAGUAGAUGUUACUGUAGUGACCCCCACAACCAAGCAGCCAGUGACACUGACUGUAGUAACCCUUUCUCUCACUGAGGAACCAAUGAAUACCACUGCAGUAACUAUUCCUGUUGUAGAUGCUACUACAGUGACCCUCUCUGCCACCAAGAAGCCUGUGGAUGUGACUUUAGUGACCCUUUCCACCAAGGAGCCUGUGGUUACCACUACAACUGUUACUGGCACAAAGGUACCAGUGAAUAGAACUGUUGCAACUCCUCACACCACUGAGCCAGUAGAUGCUACAACAGUGACCCUUUCCUCCACUAAGGAGCCAAUAGAUACUACUGCAGCCAUCCCUAUUGUAGACACUACUGCAGUGACACUAAUCACUGGAACCAUGAAUGUAACAGCACCCACCAAGGAGCCUAUAGAUUCCACUGCAGAAACAGCUCCCAUUACCAAGGAGCCAGUGAAUAGGACUACAGUGACCCCCUCUUCCAAGGAGCCUGUGGAUACCACUGCAGCAACCCUUUUCACCAAGGAGCCUGUGAAUGUAACUAUUCCCAUAUCUAAGGAGCCAGUAGAUGCUACUACCACAACUGCACUUGUGGGGCAGACAGCUGGCUUCACAACAGCCACAAUCAGCAUGGACCUGACUUCAAAUGGAGAUAAAACCCACAUUUGUGAUGUUGAUGCCAAGGACCGUGUGAACUGUGGAAAUGCUUCAAUUGGUGAAGAAGAAUGCUAUGCCAAAGGAUGCUGCUAUGAUCUCCUCAGUGGGCAAAUCCCUUGCUUUUAUGGAAAAACUGCUUAUAUUGACUGUACAACCAAUGGGCUAUUCACCAUCGUGGUCCCCAGAAUUGCUACAGUACCCCCACUCAAUCUUGACUCUGUCUCACUGCUAAAUAAUACAAGUCCACAGUGUGGUCCUAUAACCAGGACAACAGAGUUUGUUCUCUUCAGAUUUCCUCUUGACUCAUGUGGGACUACACAAAUAGUUGAUGGACUCUACAUCACUUACAGUGUAGAUGUAAUGGCCAAAAGGAAAAUCCAAACUGGACCUCGUGGCUCUAUAACCAGGGAGAGUACUUUCAAGUUACAUGUGAAAUGUCACUUCACUGGCAAGAAAGACAUCCCUUUGACACUAGUAGUGAAUACUGCUUCACUCCCACCUUUUGUAUUGAGGGAAGGUGUCCUCCAAAUGGAAAUGAGGAUUGCAAAAGAGAAGUCCUACAGUACCUGGUUUGCUGAUGAAGACUACCCUCUAGUGAGAUUUCUCAAAGAGCCAGUGUAUAUAGAAGUGCGUCUUCUCCACCGAACUGAUCCCAAUAUUGAACUAGUGCUGAAUGACUGCUGGGCCACACAAACACUUGACCCUCAUCGUGCUCCAAGAUGGAGCAUUCUUCUGCAUGGGUGCCCAUACUACAGAGACAACUACUUGACCCAGUUGCAUGCAGUAGAGGCGGCUUCCGAUGUGCCAUUUCCAACUCAUCACAAACGGUUUGAAGUGAAGACCUUUGCAUUCUGGAAUCGGCAGAGUCGGACAGCACUGAGUGGAGAGGUCUACUUUCAUUGUAGUGCAACUGUGUGCCUUCUACCUGACAUGCAAGAGUGUGCCACAACCUGUGGUGCUGGAAGAAGGAUAGCCAGACAUUCAGAUGUUAACAUCUCAGCUGAAGCAUCCUACCAUGGAUUAGUGACACUGAAGAGACCCAUAGUUUUCACUCUUGCUGAAGGAAAAACUGCAGACCUAUCUCAGGCAAAUGUGAAUACUACAGAUGGUGUUCUCCUUGCAGCAGCUGUAACAUCACUGGUGUUGGCCUUGAUCUGUGGACUAGUACUCUGUUGGAAUUGCAAACAAAUGCCCAUAUCUUGAGCUUGUGACUGUUUAAGUAGCACUUUGACAAGUGUGUGCAAGGUUUACAUGUCAUAAACCCCAAGUCUUGUAUGACCUGAUCACCUUUCAGUGGGGACUGCAAUAUUUAAAUGAACCUAAUGGGGCUUGGUGACUUCUGUCUCUUGUGCAUGGACUUGACUCUUAGCAAUACCCUUGGCAAUAGCAUUGAACUGUUUAAUCACUAUCACUUGCCAUUCCUAAGAUUUGCUAAGAGCAAUCUUUAGUCUCUGACUCAAAGCUAGACUGUAAAUGUGGUAUGUAACUUCUUGCCCUGUUUGUUUAAACAAUCAUGUCUCCUUGUAAGAAUGGGGUUUAUAACUGACUUUUUUGAAUGAAGCUAAACUGUGCUAAUAAACUAUUGACAACUGAA